AUGGAAACGCAGGAAAUCCCCGUGGAAAUCGACCGGGCUGUCUCUGAGGCAGCGAGAGAAGAAGAAGAAGCUCAGGUAGAAGAUCAGCUGGCCAAGCCAGACUCUCCAGCUGUGGAACAGCAACCUCCGCAGCAAGAACAGGAGAAUCAGGAAGAUCGUAUAUUUAAUGAAGAUCAAGAGAUUGCAGAGUCAGAUAGAGACAACGACUCUGAUUCGAGCUCUGAAGAUGAAUCCAGCUCUGAAUCCCAGUCUGACUCGUCGUCAGACUCAUCAUCGGAAGAAGAAUCAGAGGAUGUUGGAGUUUCUGAUAAUGAGAGUGAUAUAUCUGCAGAGCCAAUUAGAUCCAAAAACGAGAUGGACGAGGAAGGUGUUGAGCUACCAGAGGACUUUGUGAUCCCUGAAGAUGCGCCAAUUGAAUAUAUUGGAGAGAUCAGUGCGGUGGUGGAGAAGAGCGUGGUUGUGAAGGCCAGAGUCUCUGGAGAGAUCCGUGUGCUUAAGGACGGGUCUAUUCUGUGUUUUGAGGAUCGUUCGAUACUCGGACCGCUUUUUGAGACCUUUGGCCAGGUCCAGUCACCGUUCUAUCGGGUUAAGUUCAAAACAGACGAAAAGUGCCAGCAGUUUAAGGAUAGAAAGGGAGCCAAGAUAUUCUAUGUCGUUCCCGAGUCAAUGUUCGUCCUGACGUCGCAGAUCAAAGCCAUCAAGGGAAGUGAUGCCAGUAACUGGAACGACGAGGAGAUUCCAGAAGAGGAGCAGGAAUUCUCAGACGAUGAAAAAGAAGCAGCUAUGAAAGCGUCUCGCAAGAGAAAGAAGACACAGAAAAAGGAAGACCCAAAGCGCAAACCUCUACCAAACCACAUGAAAUCACAGUUCACCUCUCUUCCACAGCGCUCGUCGCCCCAGGUUGCUCCUGCACAGCCGGUGCAACCAGUUCAGCCAGUUCAGCCAGUUCAGCCAGUUCAGCCAGUGCAACAGUUGACUCCCCAGCAGUUCCAACAGGUUCCACAAGUCCCACAAGUUCCACAAGUUCCACAAGUUCCACAGGUGUAUCCCCAGCAGUACUAUCCUCCACAGCAGGCAUACUACCCCCAGUAUCAGCAAUACCAGCAAUACCAGCAGUAUCCUCAGUACCAGCAGUAUCCGGGAUACUACCCUUACCAACAAGUGCAACCAGUGCAGCAGCAGCUCAAUCCGCAAAUGGUCCAGCAGGUCAGCCAGUUCAUCCAGCUUGCUCAUGCCCAAGCCCAGAACCAGCCUCAGGCUCAGGUCCAGAACCAGGUGCCUGUCCAGCCCCAGAAUCCAAGCCAGCCACCGGCUGCUCAUUCCGACGAUGAAUACGACCCUGAAAAUGUGUAA